AUGACGAAAUUGAAUAUCACACAGGUCCGUAAUGCUACUCAAAUCAUAGAAUAUGCGGAUAAGAAGUUUUUGAUUGAUCCUCUUUUAGCUGAAAAGGGUGCAUAUCCAGGCUUUGAAGGGUGUGUUCGUAGUGAGAUUCGUAAUCCGACUGUGGAAUUGCCUAUUCCUGCAGAAGAUCUUAUCAAAGUUGAUGCUAUUAUUGUUACUCAUACUCACGCAGAUCACUGGGAUGAGGCAGCCAUCCGUCUCAUUCCAAAAGAGAUGACAAUUUAUGUACAAGAUAGGAUAGACGAAGCAACACUCCGUUCUCAAGGGUUCACCAACUUACACGUUCUUUCAGAAAUUAGUUGCUUUGAAGAUGUUUCUCUUAUCAAGACUGGUGGUCAACAUGGAAGUGAUGUCGCGUAUGCUGUUGACACAUUAGCCGAAAAGCUUGGUGAUGCUUGUGGUGUUAUUUUCAAACAUCCAAGAGAAAAAACACUCUAUAUCGCCGGUGAUACUAUCUGGAAUGACGAGGUAGAAAAUGUAUUAUCUACCCACAAGCCAGAUAUUGUUGUUCUCAAUGCUGGAUUUGCUCAAGUUAUUACCUUUGGUAGUAUUAUUAUGGGUAAGGAAGACAUUCUUCGUGCACAUGUUAUGUUACCUAACGCAAAAAUAGUUGCAACUCAUAUGGAAGCUAUUAACCAUUGCAUUCUUACUCGUAAGGAGCUCAGAGAUUAUGUUGAAGAUCAUAAAAUUUCUGAGUCCGUUCUCAUCCCUGAAGAUGGUGAAACUAACAGCUUUAAGUGA